AUGGAAACCAGCAAACCCUCUAAUGGACUCAGCAUGACUUAUGCAACUUCUGCGCCCGCAACCGCUGGUGGACAAGCUGGUUCUCCGCCCUCGUGCAUGAACUGUAGCACCAGCACUACCCCCUUGUGGCGCCGCGAUGAAACGGGCGCUGUUCUCUGCAACGCCUGUGGCCUUUUCCUGAAGCUGCACGGCCGGCCACGACCUAUCUCACUCAAGACCGAUGUCAUCAAGAGCCGCAACCGCGUGAAGACUGGCGGGCCAGGCGGACGCAAGAGGACAAGUGACCAAGGUGGUCUUCCUGCCGCGCAUCCCGAUGCUGAUGGCCAGCUAGCCCUCGCCCAGCACCGCCGCACAUCAGGCAAGAUCUCUUCAGGCUUGUCCGACCGCUCGCAAUCGCCUAUAUCACGCACCGGCACCCCGAACUUCAACCAUCCCUCCAACAUCGCACCGUCGCACCUGUUUGAGCAGGCGCUGCAUGGUGGUGAUUUCCAUUCGCCUUCGCUCCCGGGAUUCGGUAUUCGUGCUCCCUCGCCCGCUAACUCGUCGAUCAACGGUUCCCAUCUCGAAGCUCCUCUCCCAUAUGAGACUCUCGCCGCACAGAACACUGCACUCAAGACACGUGUCUCGGAAAUGGAACUUAUCAACGAUCUCUUCCGGAACCGCGUUAGCGAACUCGAACAGAGCGAGCAAUCAGCGCGGCAGACAGAAUCAACCUUAAGACAAGAGCUUGAGGAGAUCAAACAACGGGAGGCCGACCUGAAGAGGCGGCUUGACGAAAUCGAAGCCGACAGCCCAAGACACAAGAAGAUGAAGAUGAGCGAAUUUGUGGACGAGAGCCGCGCUGGCACGCCUAUUAGUGCUAUGGUUGAAUAG